AUGACUGGAAAAAUAGUCCAAGCUGAUCAGGCGCCCAUUGCGUCGACCCCUUGUUCAACAGAAGAGAAUCUCAUCAACCAUGGAGCACCCAACGUUCCGUUUUACACGCCAGUCCAAAGCCCGCCUGCUGGCACGCCCUGGGACACUGAACCGGAGGGAUCUCUCUUCUCGCCCCUCAAGGUGGACGGAAUGCAACUCUAUAACCGCAUCAUCGUCUCCCCCAUGUGCCAGUACUCGGCCAAAGAUGGCUACAUGACUAUGUGGCACCAUGUGCACCUCGGUGGCUUCGCUGUGCGCGGAGCCGGUCUCGUUCUGACCGAGGUCGUCUCCGUCUCCCCCGAAGGUCGCAUUUCGCCCCAAGAUCUUGGCUUGUGGGAAGAUGGCCAGAUCGAGCCUCUCAGGCAGAUUGUGGACUUCGCUCAUAGUCAAGGCGUGAAGUUCGGCGUCCAGUUGGGACACGCUGGCCGGAAGGCGAGCACCGUCGCUCCAUGGAUUGAUCGCAAAGCUGCUGCGCGCGACUACUCAGAGGGAUGGCCGAAGAACGUCAUCGGUCCUUCGGCUGAAGUGUACAUCACGCAGACAAUCGUGCAGCGGGAGGCGACCAUAGAAGACUUGGACAAGUUCAAACAGGAUUGGGUGGCCGCAGUCAGACGCGCCUUGAAAGCCGGUGUCGACGUGAGUGAGAGGCGGCUCGUUCGAGAGCCGCAUCCGCCUCUUCCUCGAGAUGGUCGACCUGCUCAAGGCCGAAGUCCCAGCCGACUUCCCCAUCAUGAUCCGCAUGCACACCACAGCCUACCUGGAGCACGACCCUUCGCUCCCGCAGUGGACGCAAGAAGAGAGCAUCAAGCUGGCCCAGGCGCUUGCGGAGCGCGGGGCCGACUUCCUCGACAUCACCGGGGGGGCAUCGACGCGCGCCAGAAGAUCGCUGCCAAACUGGGUUACCAGGUGCCCUACGCAGAGGCGAUCAAGAAGGCCCUCGCUGGCACCAAGACCCUGGUCGGCACCGUCGGCGAGAUCGAAUCUGGCAGGCAGGCCCAGGCUAUCUUGGAUGCUCGGUGGGCCGACGCUGUCUUCGUGGGCCGACAGUUCUUGAAUGAUUCGUUCCUGGUGUGGCGUUGGGCUGAUGAGCACGAGGAAGACAUUCACUUGCCGAGUCAAUAUGGCUGGGCAUUCGGCAACACGCGGACUCACAAGCCGAAGAGGAGCAACCAGCAUGAGUAG